AUGCCCAAGAGAACAACAACACACGUACGAACGUCUACGGACAUGUAUCGUUUCCACCGGCCUUCGGUGCCACUGCACAAUACCCCGCAUCCGCUCACCCGCGAUUCCCGAACAUGUGUUAAGAACCUGCUUGCGUAUCAUAUGCGACAACCGCCGCCUCCGUAUCCACGUACUAUGUGCGCUGCUGUACUGGUCGCGCUCUUCGUUGGACGCAUGGGCAACUUGUAUGUGCUACUGAGCCGACGCGCUUCAACUCUACGAUCCUACGCUGGGGAUACUGCGUUGCCUGGAGGUAAGGUGGACCCAGAGGACGAGUCUAUCGAGGAGACAGCAAGAAGAGAGGCCUUAGAAGAGAUCGGCUUACCACGAGAUAAGCUUCGAAUACCUCUGCUAUGCGUGCUCGACCCAUUUCUAGCCGGAAACAACAUUCUGGUGACACCUGUGGUCGUCCUGAUAAUGGACAACACCCUUCGGCCCAUCCUGAACACACCAGAAGUAGCCUCGCUAUUCUCCCAUCCCCUCGCAUCAUUCCUAGCGGACUCCGCGCCCUUCGUAUCGUCCAAUCCAGAUCCGGAACAGGACAGCGCAGCCCCAGAGCAAGAGCCCGAUGCACAUGCUGAGCUGGUCGCGGCUGAACUUCCGUAUCAUACGCAUAGUGACAUCUCGUGGCCACAGCGUAGUCGCGGCGAAGUGCACGAGCAAUUGGACGACCAUGAGCGCGCGUUCCGUAUGCAUCGCUUUCUGACUGGGCGAGAGGCAGGCGGGAUCAAGCCUGUCUUUGGGCUGACGGCUGCUAUUCUCAUUCGCACAGCCAUGAUCGGCUACGCGCGAAAGCCUGCGUUCACGCUUCAUGCGCCUCACGAACCCGACAUGCGUUGGCACCUACAUUCUGUCUUCAAGGACGACUGUAGCCUCAACAGUCAUGGUCGAGUUCACUAG